UUUUAUCGAUUUUCUGAAACCAUUCUUACAGAAAAUUUCUCCGCCACUAUGACUUCCCCUCCUUUUCGGUUCCAUUGGUCUCCUACCGACACCUUCCAUAGUUCCAUGGCUUCGUCUACCCUACUUCCGCUCAUCCUCGUUUUCCUGCAUGGUCUGCGCGGCGGCGAUGGCUGCUUCACCGCAAUCUUCAGCUUCGGCGAUUCCAUCGCCGAUACUGGAAACCUUCUCAUCUCCGAACACGGUAAUAUCCAGUCCGCCAGGCCCCCUUACGGCCAGACUUUCUUCAACCGCCCAACCGGACGCUACUCGGAUGGCCGACUUAUUAUUGAUUUCAUCGCGGAGGCUCUGGGAUUUUCUUUUAUGCCGCCCUUCCUAGAAGGGCCUGGCGACGGAGGGUUCCGGCGAGGGGUAAACUUCGCUGUGGCUGGGGCUACUGCGCUCGACGUCCACUUCUAUAGGGAGAGGGGCAUGGACGUCAUACGGACGAACCUCUCUCUGCAGACUCAGUUUGGAUGGUUUAAGGAAUUGCUGCCCUCUAUCUGCUCUACAGAUUCAGAUUGCAGGAUCUUACUCGCAACUUCACUCGUCCUAGCUGGGGAGAUUGGUGGUAACGAUUUUGCCUACGAUUUGAUCGAACUUGGUGCGAAGACAUUGUUGGUUCCAGGUAACUUCCCCAUUGGAUGCACUCCGAUAUAUCUCAUUAUAAUGGUUGAACGAUUUCGCUCAAUAUCAAAACAAGCAUUUGUAGCUGGAGCUCGACCGUCUUCGAGCUCUGCACCCCACCCCCAUGCGACCAUCAUAUAUGCUGAUUACUACAAUCCAAUCAUGAACAUAAUCUCCAAUCGAAACAAGAAUAGAACCAGAAAAGUGACUUUGGCUGCCUGCUGUGGCGGCGACGGCCCUUAUAAUUUCGGCAAUCUGGUGCAUUGCGGAGAUGACAGCGCAAGCGUUUGCGAUGACCCAUCAUUAUAUAUUUCCUGGGAUGGGGUGCACCUCACUGAAGCGGCUUAUAGAUUCAUUGCCGAAGGAUUGUUGGAAGGGCCUUUUGCUGAUCCACCUAUAAAAGAAGUCAGGCUCAAAAGGUCGAUGAUGCCUGACGAAGAUACUAAUCCAGGCAGUUAAGGAAAGGCAUAAAAU